AGUUCUGACUGCGCCGGAACCGGAGAAAAAAAGAGAAGAAUGGAUCCAAGGCUUUUCCAGGCAGUGACAUGGAACCAGGAAAGGUGUUUCAUGAAGUUGGUGGGCGAGAAUGCUGAAAUUUUGAAGCAGAGAUCAAAAGGGACCGGGGACACGGCGCUGCACUUGGCGGUGAGGCACGGCCACGUCAAGUUUGUGAAGGAGAUCCUGAGGGUGUGGCCGGAAGCUGCGGCGGUGGAGAAUCUGAAGCAGGAGACUCCAUUCCACGAAGCUUGUAGGGAGGGAGAAGCCCAAAUCUUAAUGCUGCUUCUGGAGACGAAUCUAUUGGCGAGUUCUCAUCAAAAUGAGAGUCUGUUGUUCGAGGCCUGCACCAUGUGUCACGUGAAAGUUGUCAAAAUCCUUUUGAAUCAGCGCCAGAUCCACCACUCCGACUUGGAAGUUGCAGCUGCUUUUCUUGAGGCUGCCUCUCAAGGAUUCCUAGGCGUGGUUAAAGAAAUAUCAAGAAAGUUCUCAGUGGGUGCAAUGGUGGACGAGGAUGGCUUAUCUGGUCUGCACAGGGCUUGUUUAAACGGCCAUUUGGACGUAGUAAGGUUUCUGUUGAAUCGUGGUGAUGGAAUGCCUCGCAAAUACACAAACUCUGGGUAUACGCCCUUGCACUUGGUUGCCAUCAACGGACACACCCACAUUCUUCAACUAUUUGAGCAGCAUAGUCGUUUCUUGUUUGGGGAUCGUACGCAACAUGGAGACCCAAUUCUUCAUCUCACCAUUCAGUAUAACCACUUCAAUACUUUUUUCCACUGCGCUCAACUCUUCAAUGAAGAUGAAUCAUUCAUCCAUUCUGUUGACCGCCAUGGGAAUACUGUUUUACAUGUUGCAGUACAGUGUGCACAAGUAAAGUUUGUAAAAUACUUGAUCAAUAAAAUGAGAAUGCCGAUAAAUUGUCGGAACACGGAAGGGCUGACACCCCUUGACAUGCUCUUUGCUGCUAGUAGGUGUCCUUUUAGUUUCCCAAUUCUUGAAGACAUGUUAAAGAACGCUGGCGGAAAGAGAGAAAUAGAAUUGAUGGAUUCGACUAUUCCAAAUAGCGAAAAGGGGGAAUUGAUUGAGGAAUGGGUUCAUUCUUUGGAUUCAAAUUUGUUCGAGGAGGAUGGUUUGCAGAAGAUUGACAAUGAAAAUUUGGGGAGCAAUAAUGUUAUCCAUGCUAACGACAAACAAGCUGAUCAAGAAGAGAACAAAAAUUGGUCUAUGGUUCCGUACAACUUGGAGAGGCAAAAGCAUCUUAGCCAAAAGCGGCGGGAAGUGCUAAUCAGCAAAAUGGAUACCUACCGUUCUCGAAGGGAAAAGCAACACGAUAUGCAUAAGGAGGCACUGCAAAAUGCAAGAAACACAGUUACUUUAGUUGCAGCUUUAAUUGCUACAAUUACGUUUUCUGCAAGCAUAAACCCCCCUGGUGGGGUUCACCAAGAUGGACCACUGAUUGGAAAAGCAAUAUUUGCCAAAACAAAAGGUUACAAGAUAUUUAUCACAAGCAACAGCAUCGCAAUGGGUACAUCUCUAUGUAUUAUGAUUCUUUUAGUGAGCAUAAUCCCUUUCAAAAAAAGACUACUGUUGCGGCUUCUUAAGAUUACUCAUAAACUGUUGUGGGUGUCUCUAGCGUUCAUGGCGACAACUUUCACGUCAGCCACGUGGCUCACUUUACCUCAAGAUUAUAGGACACAUUGGCUUCCCAAUGUGAUACUAGCAAUGGUGGGUGGGAUUAUGGGAACACUAUUCAUUUAUUUGGGAGUAGAGUUGGUAAAGCAUUGAAUGAGGAAGCUCAAGUGGAGAAGGGAGAGAGUUAGGAAGCGAAUUGUUCCGGUCGGCAGUAAUUCUGACUAUCAAUCCACAUAUGAUCUAUCGUCUAUUAAAGCUAAGUUAGACACAGAACGACGUGAUCUAAGUAGGCUCUAUUCAUUUUCUACUAAUUCCGAUGUUGCCAGCUCCAGAGGUCAAGGUGGUCACGUAUAUUAAAAACAUGUACUUUGUGAGUGAUUUAUGAA